CACUGUUACCAGAGAUCGAGCUUUAACACACUCAGAGCAAAGUUCAAUAUAUAAAUCGUAAAAAAAAAGAAAAAAGAAAAAAAAAGAGCCAUGGCCAUAAUCAAGUUUCCAAAGAUUCAAAAGUAGCAACUAAGGUUGGAGAUUUUUAUGCAAAUUCGCGACCUGUCUUGAGUGAUAUCUGCGGGACUCAAAGUUCGUGCAGUGUUGGGAAUUUUGGGAAGCAAUGAGGGGUUUUUAGAUUGGUGGAAGUGGUGUGGUAAGGUUCUCUUUGUGGUGGUUCAAACGUAGGGUUUUGAUUUGUCAUUCAAUUUGUUGAAUUGAAUUUGGUUUUAGAGUGUUUUGUUCCAGUUUGAUCUUUAGGGUUCUGGGUGAUGGGGGCAGUUGAGAUUUGACUGUGCGUGCAUUGUGUGAAUUUUGUGGUGAGUGAAAUUUGGGCUAAAGGUAACGGUGUUUGGGUUGAAAGUUGCUUCUUUUUGUUAGGGGCUUAAUGUUGUUGGAAUGUUUUGUGGUGAGUCUGGUUGUUGUGAUUGGCAGAGGCUGUGAUUGUUGAUUUGGGGUUGAAUGAUGUGGGGAAGGGGAGGGUUUGGGUUGUUUGGAAGAGGAAGUAGCUGUUGUGAUUAUUGAGGGUUUUCAUGUGUGGGUGGGUUGUAUUUUGAUUUGUUGGGUAGUGUAUGAUUCUAUUGAUUGAGAAAUGCAACCCCCACUCAGUUCAAGAAUCAAUUUGGUGGAAUUAAAAGCGCAGAUUGUAAAGAGGAUUGGAGCGGAGAAGUCAAAGCAGUACUUUUAUUACUUGAACAGGUUUCUGAGUCAGAAGCUGAGCAAGACUGAAUUUGAUAGGUCAUGUUAUCGGGUACUUGGCAGGGAGAAUCUUCCGUUACACAAUCACUUCAUAAAGUCAAUUUUGAAAAAUGCUUGCCAAGCCAAGACCCCACCGCCAGUCCAGCAACUGACAGGUCCUCCAAAAACUGGAACACUUGUCAGUCAUGGAUCUGGUCGAGAUGAUGGACAUGAACAUAGUUUUGUUAACGUCCAAAAUCAGAAUGUUUCCAUUUGGUCCAAUGGGGUUGUGCCUGUUUCGCCACGCAAGUUAAGGUCUGGCGGCCGUGAUCGUAAGCUUAAAGAUAGACUGAGCCCUCUUGGACCAAAUGGAAAAGUUGAUUCUGUUGCUCAUCAAUCCACAGCUACAGAAGACAGCAGUAGUAAGGUUGAUAUGGAGAAUGAUAUUCUUACUCCAUGUGAUUAUCAAAGACCUACACAACAUCUUCAUGUAGUUGAUGAGCUACUUGAGAAUGGUAUGGUUGAUGCUCUUCAGAGACCUGGUGAGAAACCAAGAAUACAUGGGAAAGGACCAACCGAUGUAUCAGUUACUGAAAAUGGGGAAGAGGUGGAGCAAUUAGGCCGCCUAAAUUUUUCUACAAGUCCCUUGGUAGCACCACUUGGGAUUCCCUACUGCACCACAAGUGUUGGUGGGGCCCGCAAAGCGUUGCCAUUGAAUGGCACUAUUGAUUUUGUUAGUUUUUGCGACAGUGGUAGGUUAUCUAAUACAGAUACAUUGAGAAGGCGCAUGGAGCAGAUUGCCACAGUUCAGGGUCUUGGAGGUGUUUCUAUGGAAUGUGCAAAUACAUUGAAUAAUAUGUUAGAUGUGUACUUGAAAAGGUUGAUCAGAUCUUGUGUUAAUUUAGUGGGAGCUAGGUCUGCAAAUGAACAUAGGAAGCUCCCUGUCUCGAAACAGCAGAUUCAGGGGAAGGUCGUUAAUGGUGUCUGGCCAAAUAAUCAUUCACAUGUGCAUAGUGGGCUGACAGAAUCUGAUGCUGGACACGGACCACCACACUUGAUAUCUUUGCAUGAUUUUAAAGUUGCUAUGGAGCUAAAUCCACAGCUACUUGGAGAGGAUUGGCCGGUACAAUUGGAGAAAAUUUCUAUGCGAUCAUUUGAGGAAUGACAUCUUUCGACAUUGUUUUAUAAGCAAAGGUUGGUCCUGCUUCUUCUGGUUUUGAUGGCUCAGUCACGGCUGGUGAUCAUUGGCACAGUAGUUCUGUUCCUGUUCCCAGGAUGAACCAGAUGAUCCCCCCAAAUGGAAAAAUCUAGUCCUUCGGGGUCAAAUACUGAUUUGGAUCUUCAAAUCAUCCUAUCUCUGCUAUUGUGCAGGGCUAGCUAGGAUGGUUCAGAGAUUCACUUAUCUGCAACCUAGGGUAAUAUCAAAUGAAGCCCAGGAUUGGUUGCCGUGUUGUAUGAAUAGCAUUGGUGUUGGCUGUGUUUGUCAUUGGUAGAGAUCUCAAGGAUUUUGCUUGCUUUGCAGCCAAUGACUAAGAAGACUCAGGAAGUUUUAUAGGAACACUUUUGCAUAGCUGGGAUCAAGGAACUAAGACCGUGUAUAAGAACCAAACGGUUGCUCUGUAUGUAUUUUUAGAAUAUGAGGAUUGAUUGAAAUUCAAUAUUAAUAACAAGUCAAUUAAAAUUUCCUUUGAUCA